AUCGCCUCGGGGCCAGAACGACAUCGAAACGGCCAGCCGGGGAAUCGCACUCGUAUUCCCUCGCUGCCCCACCUGCUCGUCUCUCCGCAUCGAAGCAGCCCGGCCCCGCAAUGUCUUCGUCGCCGCUGUGGGCCUAUCCGACCCCACCGGCUCUGUCAGCGACCCGGAGCCUGCAGCAGCAGCAGCAGCAGCAGCAGCAACAGCAACUUCAGCAACAACAGCAACAGCAACAGCAGCCACCAUCUUACCCAAUCCGAAACCCGUCGCCACCGUCCCAGCAUAUCCACGGCUACCAGCAGCGUAUCGAUGCAAGCUUCCACAGCGACCACGCCCUUGGACAGCCGCAGAAUGGGCUUUCGGGCAUGUCGCCGUACUCCAAGCAUCAGAGCCAGCAAGACGCCUUCCAUGCAGCAUACCAACGGGCGAUAUACAAUAAGCAACGUCCGCAAGAUGCCCUCCAUCCUGCCACCAUGGCCGUCAAGCCGUUCGCUUCGUCUCCCCGGCUAGGCUCGUACUACAAGCCUGCUGAGCAUCUGGAAUCAUACAAUGGAUACCCGUCUCCGGGGCCAAAUCCGCCCCGCCCCAUCCCGAUUCACACGUCGCCAAACUCACCCGGCUUUUCGCCCCGAUCGCCGACCGUCUAUUCGCAGCCGCCCAAGCGCAAAGGCGGGCCCAAUCUGCACAUCCAAACUUCCCACCAAGUCUAUCCUCAGAACCCCACCCUGCCGAGCCCGGUCCUCCAGAGCUACAUGACCCCAAGUACAGAUGUCUCAUACGACUCUCGGAGCUCAAAUCCAACCACCCAUACCUUCGACGACGACUCGGACGGCGACGAUCCGUGGGACAUGCUCGCGUCACAAGAUAUUGAGACUCUGAGUGCCUCGCUUCAGUCGCCGACCCUUGCCGUGCCCUCGCCCUACUACUCUUCGUACGAGUCCCUGGCCGAGCCGGUAUACCCGCUCCAAGGCAGGCGAGCUGGUCCUGGGGCGCCAUUUAUGAAGGGCUACUCGGACCCGACCUCCCCGACAGCGACCUUCCCGACGCCCAAACGUGUCCAGUCGCCCCAGAUUCGCCACAACUACUCUCCGGCCUCAAAAUCGCCCAUGCCGUCCAAGUACGACUACGCUUCCGCCACGAUGGGGGAGGCUGCCCGGUCACCGUCGCCGUAUGCGCCGCUGUUCCGUCCGCCGGAGCAUGUGUCUCGGGAUCGGCUACCACCCGGUGGUGAGGGCGGCCCUCAGACCGUGGCAUGGGCCAGCCCACCGGAUGCUCAGCUCGGUCCGAUACCAAUGCCCCGGUAUGCCUUUGUUCCGGACACUGCCACCCCAGACCACCUCCCAAAAUCCGAUGUGCCCUGGCGCAAACCGAAUCCUCCUCAGUCUCGGAAAGCUAGCCGCGAUGACCUGUGGGGCUAUGCUGCGACCCAAGAUACCCAGCCCCGUGAGGCCGUGGCUGCAGCGGGCUACUCUGGCGAUAUUCAGUACUUUUCCGAUGCCAAAGGAGCUGCCGGUCCAGGGUACGAUGCUAGCACGACUUACGCAAGCGACCCUAUUCGACCGAGCCGGCACGCUCGAUCGACGGGCUCCAUGGGCUCCAUGGGCUCCAUGGGCUCCACAGGCUCCAACCACUCGACAGGCUCGGCCGAUUCGAAGGGCUCGGCAAACUCGACGGGCGCUGCAAGCCUGGGCGACUCAGCCGACGCGGACGAGCUCGAUGAGGAAAAGGACACGGUGCCCUCGAUCUCAAUCUCGGCUCUGGCCGAGGCCGUCAAGAACGACCUCGCUCUCAACGAACCGAUACGGCCGCGGCGGAACUCGCUAUCCCAAUCUGGGUUGUUGGCUCCGGCAUCGGGCCGGCCACGCCGCAACUCCCAGAGCAUCCCCACAGCACCGAUCCAGCCGGGGCCUCCGCGCUUCAUUCCUCCGUUGAUCUCGAGGCCAACGCAUCCACGACCGUGUAUUCCGUUGAUACGCGGCGAGAGCUCCGGCCCUGGAGGACGCGGCGCGGGCCAGCCGAACCGGUCGUCUCCCAAGGAAGAAGGCCAGGUCCCUACAGCGCCCAUGCAGCGAUCGAUGCGAAUCGUGCACAAGAUCUUUGGGCCGUUCACGGCAUCGAGCUCGGUGCAGUUCCCGGUGUCGCGCGAGGUGCUGCAGAAAGAGCAGCCGCCGUCAAGGACGAUCCGUAUCCGGUGCUGGGACGAGUCGGACGAGGCACAGGCGCACACUUGGCCGGUGCUGCUGCGCGAGAUCAUCGUCAACAGCGAGCGAGUGAGCUUGGGCACGCGAGCACAGAAGCCGACGGAAUCGGCCGGACAGCUGGCCGAGUGGGUCGGGCGCGACGUCCCUUGCAGCCUCAAGAUGGUCGAAGGCAUCAACGAAGUCUCAUUCUUCUGGGCAGGAACCGGCAAGGUGUCGUCGGACGGAUGGUGGUUUUCGAUCGACAUGGUCGAGGACGACGAAUAGCCGCGGCUGUCGGGCGCGCGGCGCCCCGCUUGUCUUUAUCUUUUUACUUUUAUUCCUGUUCUCUUGUCGCCCACUGGCUCUGCUGGUCCUGGUCCUGGGUCUGGGUCUGGGUCUGGGCUGGGUCCUGCUGUGCCGCAGUCCCCCUUCUGUUCCAUGCGAACCGCACCUGUUUUUGGUUGGACUCUCCCUGUUCCUGCGGCGCAACGCUGUCCUGGCGAUGGGCUCCCGGCUCAACACCACCCGUUGUUGGCUGCUUGGUCGCUCUUGCUUCCCCUGCUCUGUGGCCUGUGCGCCCGCCAGACAUGCGCCCUGUUUCCCCCCACCGUUUGUUGAAUAUGUACAAAUUUUCCUCCCCAACCCGUCUCGCCCCCGUCUCUACCGGUGUUUGGCCCACAAGCGUCGGGCACUCUGAAAAUACAGCGAU